AACCACCAAGCGUUAAAAGCGGUGCCAGCGCUGGGGCAACAGCGCGCGCGUACGAGCUUGCCAAAGAGUGGGUGGAGCUAUUUUGGAGGCGUAACCAGCCCUGCCCGUCCCUCGACCGUGCUGCGUAUGUGCCACCUACCCUGCAGAGAUUUGAUCAAAGAUUUUGCUAGCUACGUAGUAAUGGCCGAAGCAACGACGCCGCGGACUGGUGGAGAGGUCCUGACACCAAACGAUGCCGUAAAAGUGCUGGAGGAGCUACUACCAGCACAGAACCAGUCCUACGAACUGGGCUUGAGGCUGAAUCUAAAGCCACACGAUGUAAAGAGCAUCCACGCAACCGUUUCCGAGCCGCGCAAACGCCUUCUUGAGAUCGUGUUGGAGUUUCUGAACCAAGUAGAGCCAAGACCAACCUGGAGAGUCAUUGUAGAUGCCCUCAAAAGUCCUGCAGUCAGUCUUCCUCAGCUAGCAAUGGCUGUGGAGGCAGCUCAGUUUCCUGACACUACACCACAGCUACCUGCAGCCAGUGUAUCUUCCUCUCAGAGUCCGGCCACCUCCACUCAACCAGGCCUCUCCUCACCUCUCCAUGGUUCUGGAGCCUCAGUGUUCACUGAAGUCGACUAUCAAUCAGACCUACCACAACCCAGUUAGUCCACUACUGCAGCUGUUAACAAGUGUAGCAGGGCCACUCCGGACAAUUUGUAAUGCUCGAUUCUCUGCCAGUCACAUCACGUGCAUCAUUAUCAUAAGCCAAGCUAAAAUCACAUGGAUAAUACCGAAGCACUCGCUAACACCUCUUUAUAACGGAUACUCUAACUAUCGCACACCUACCUUAGACACGCGCCAGUCCCGCCCACGUGUGAACGAGCGCGAAUUCACAACUAAGCAAAGUGUCUGCUGCGAGACUAACAUCGCCACCAGUUCAUCGCUUCAACUUUCUGCAGCAGAGUUUGACUCCUUUAUCAGAGGGUAUAAUGUUUAUCAAGUCAUUUGGACUCCUGUAGUAGGAGAACUAUGUUUCUAGUUUGAAACAGAGCACUCAGGAUCAUUUUCAUUACAACAGUAUGCACCAUUGAUGCUGUGAAAGUGCAUAAAAUGACAGUUUUGACACGAACC